AUGGUCUCUCGUGGCGUUGUCGCAGCUGUUUGUCUUGGUGGCUAUAUUGUAGCUUCAAUGGUACUGGUUCGCGUAAUUCCGCUCCGUGGUGAUAAGAAGAGGAUCAAAGAGGUCCUGAAAAAGCGUUUUCCUUACUCCGUAACCCGCAUAGCUCACCGGGGCGGCUCUUUAAUAGGACCAGAAAACACCAUGUAUACAUUUCAGCGAGCUGUCUUCGAGUAUAAUACCGAUAUGCUGGAAUUGGACGUUCAGCAAUCAAAGGAUGGAGAAAUUGUUGUUUCACACGAUGCCGAUCUCUCACGGACUUGUGUAAUGGGGCACCAUAACACUAGUGUGGAUAAUCUUAUGGUGAGUGGGGAUCCGAAUGCUACGCUGCCUCAAUCACGUCGGAAAAUACCUCUUCAUUUUAAGUCGCUUUUGCGGGGUGACCAUUAUGAGGCUACAGAGGCAGUUCCUGUUGAUGAGACUACGCGUGUUUGUCUGCUAUCGGAGGUAUUUGAUGCGUUCCCCAAGAUCCCUAUUCAUAUUGACAUUAAAUGUGAAGGGGCUGACUUCACCGAACGUGUACUUAAACUGAUCGAACAAUACGGACGGGAAACCAAGACGUUUGUUGGUAGCAGUAAUUGGCGCAAUCGGAGUCACAUUCUUCGUUAUUUUCAGCGUGGGCAUUCUGCAGGGGGUGAAGACCCUCAGGAAAAACGCAAACGAUUUCGAAUAUUUGCUGGUCCACUGGAUUACGUUAUUGUACAAGUGGCCUAUUAUCUUGGAGUGCUCCCCUUUUUCCCCUUGAGCUUUGAUGUGUUUUCUAUUCCAAUUUUUACGAAGAGCAAGAAAGAAGAACUUGACUCUUAUUUUACACGCUUUCUUGCCUACUUUUUGAAUUCACCUACUUUAUGGGAGCACUUGCAGCGACGAGGGAUUCUUGUUGUGGGAUGGGUCCUGAAUGAUCCAGAGGAAUUCGAGGAGGCUACAAAGUGGCCAAUAAACGGCAUCAUGUCAGACGAUCUCGGCGCCUUAAACGCCUUUUUUGACGCUCAUGAUGUCUCUGCCACAAUGAACCUUCUGGAUUAA